UUUAUGAAUUAGAACAAAGAAUACGUGCUUUAAAUUUCGAUAAAAAUGAAUUGAUUCAUAGAGUUGAAGAACUUGUGAAUGAAAAAGAUCGACUUGAAACAGAUAAUAAUCAGAUUUGUGCCACAAAUGAGAAUCUAAUGCAAUUAAAUAACGCAUUAAAAAUUGUUUUGAGAGACUGUGAAGAUGAAAAGAUUUUUAUAAAGCCGCAAAUCUAA